AUGGAUGAUGAAGGACCUAGAUGCCUUCUGUCUCAUCCAGCUUACCCUCCUCAACAUAACCUGUCCACUCGAUAUGACUUCAAACUUCCGUUCGGAUGCUUUAGUUGUGGUGGACACAAAACUGAAAGGCCGAAUGAUGGUCUCUAUUACUACUGCACCACUUGCAGUGUGGAGUUCCACAAGGGUUGUCAUCAGCGUCCGAGAAAGAUAACACAUCCUUAUCAUCUCCAACAUCCUCUCACUCUCUUCUAUCGAAACCUUGAAACCGGAGUCAUAUCCAACAUCAUCCCUGAGUUAAAUCCUUGCGAAUCUGAAACAUGGCAUCCAGAAUCCGACACAUCAGAUCAAGAGAGGCCUGAGUUUGUCGAUAUUAUUCCUUCUGAAUCCGAUAUCGUAUUCGAUAAAUGCACUUGGUGCGGAAAAGAUUUCAAAGGUGAUUGCUUCAUCUAUCGUUGUUUGAUUUGUAGCUUUUGCUUGGAUCUGUCUUGCGCGGAAAAUGUUCCACCUCUUACUAUUGCAAACCCAAAAAGCCAUCACCACUCACUCCUAUUCUUACCUCGGCCAUUAUUACUUCCAUGUGAUGCUUGUGGGUUGGUGGAUGCGUCAAUACCAAGUUAUACUUGUUUCCAAUGUAAUUACAUGGUCCAUCAGGAAUGUAUCGACUUACCUCGGGUUAUCAAGAUCACGCGUCACCCACACCGUCUCUCUCAUAUUCCUUACCGUUCACCUCUAAUUUCCUCAUGCCGGAUUUGCUACAAAGAUGUUGACUUCAAAUAUGGGCAAUAUUCUUGCAACCAAGAAGAUUGUUCUUAUGUAGUUCAUUCUAAAUGUGCAACGCAUGUAAAUGUAUGGGAUGGGACCGAUCUCGAAUGGGAAACAGAAGAGUCCGUCGAAACCGAAGAAGAUAUUUCACCUUUCAAGACGCUAGGCGAUGGCUUUAUACAACAUUUUUGCCACGAACAUCCUUUAAGGCUCAAGAAGCACGAUGGUGUUCAAGACACAGAAAAGCAAUGCCAAGCGUGUAUAUUUCCAAUCCUCUCUCACCAAUUCUAUCAUUGCGAGGAAUGCAGUUACUCUCUCCACGAGGUAUGUGCUGGUCUUUCUCGAAAACUGGAUCAUGCAUUGCACAAUCACACGCUUAUCCUAUAUCCGUUUUCCGAGGGAUCCAUAUCUUGUUCAGCUUGUUCUCGAGCAACCACUGGUUUCUUUUAUGCAUGCUCUAAAAAAAGUUGCCAAGAGUUUAUGCUAGAUGUUCGAUGCAUCAAAGUUCUAGAGUGUUUCAUCCACAAAAGCCACAAACAUCCCAUUUUCAUCUCCACAUCUUACAACAGCAAGGACGAGAUCCUAUGUAAAGGUUGCAAGAAAAGAUGUUUGGGGUCUCAUCUACAAUGUACGGAAUGCGAAUAUGCGUUGUGUUACCAAUGUGGUACAAUUCCAAAUGAAAUACACUACAGAUUUGACAAGCAUCCUCUCACCCUUUCCUUUGGAGAAAGCGCGAAUGACACGUAUUGGUGCGAGAUGUGUGAGAAACGAUUAGAUCAAAGCGAAUGGUUCUACACAUGUAACGAAUGCUGCACCCCUGUCCACCUUCAAUGCAUAUUUGGAUCCUCGUACUGUAUGAAACCUGGUUCCACGUUCCACCAGCUGGGUGGAAUGGUGAAGGUUAUACGCAAUAGUAGUAACACUAGACUGUUCUGCUACGAAUGUAACCAACGUUGCGCUGGUUUUAUCUACUAUGAAGGCUACUGGUGGAAUAUGAAGUGGCAAACUUACAACAUCCGUCCUGAAGGAAAUGUCUUUUGCUCUUACGAAUGUAAGGAACCAGGAAUGAAAAGACCGUUUUUCAGAAAUUAUCGCUCUGCUCUACAAACCUUCUUUCCAAUCUCUCAACUUUGCUCCAAUGGUCGUCUUCAAGAAGCCUUACUGGAAAUGGCGGUUUUAGGUCCCGAGAUGGGGUUCCAUGGUUACGAUGCAUUGUUGAAUGCGUGUUUGGAGAAAAGGGCUCUUAGAGAAGGUCAGAGAGUACAUGCCCACAUGAUCAAAACCCGUUAUCUUCCCGCUACAUACCUCCGGACUCGUCUGCUUAUCUUCUACGGAAAGUGUGAUUGUUUGGAGGAUGCCCGGAAAGUGCUCGAUGAAAUGCCUGAGAAGAAUGUGGUUUCCUGGACUGCCAUGAUUUCGCGUUAUUCUCAAACUGGGCAUUCUUCGGAGGCUCUAACUGUUUUUGCAGAGAUGAUGAGAUCAGAUGGAAAGCCUAAUGAGUUCACUUUCGCCUCUGUUCUUACCUCUUGUGUUCGUGCUUCUGGAUUAGCACUUGGUAAGCAAAUCCAUGGACUCAUAAUUAAGUGGAGUUAUGAUUCUCACAUUUUUGUGGGAAGCUCUCUCCUUGACACGUAUGCUAAAGCUGGUGAAAUUGAGGAAGCUCGCGAGAUCUUCGAGUGCUUGCCUGAGAGAGAUGUUGUCUCUUGUACUGCUAUUAUUGCUGGCUAUGCCCAAUUGGGUCUUGACGAAAAGGCGUUGGAGAUGUUUCAGAGACUGCAGAGUGAAGGAAUGAGUCCGAAUUAUGUGACAUACGCUAGUCUUCUAACAGCUUUGUCUGGACUUGCUUUGUUAGAUCAUGGCAAGCAAGCUCAUUGCCAUGUUUUGAGACGUGAACUUCCCUUCUACGCAGUCCUUCAGAAUUCUCUGAUCGAUAUGUACUCAAAAUGCGGGAAUCUCUCUUACGCUCGAAAGGUUUUUGAUAGCAUGCCUGAGAGGACAUCCAUUUCGUGGAAUGCGAUGCUUGUGGGAUAUAGUAAACAUGGAUUAGGAAAAGAAGUUCUUGAGCUCUUCAGAUUGAUGAGGGAUGAGAAGAGAGUAAAGCCUGACUCUGUUACCCUUUUGGCUGUCUUGUCUGGUUGCAGCCACGGAAGAAUGGAAGACACAGGGCUAAGUAUAUUUGAUGGCAUGAUAGCGGGAGAUUAUGGGAUUAAGCCUGACACUGAGCACUAUGGUUGUAUUGUUGAUAUGCUUGGUCGAGCUGGUAGGAUCGAGGAGGCGUUUGAAUUCGUUAAAAGAAUGCCGUCUGAACCAACUGCUGGUGUCUUGGGUUCUCUUUUAGGCGCUUGUAGGGUUCACUUAUCUGUAGACAUUGGCGAAUCUGUAGGUCGUAGACUCAUUGAGAUUGAACCAGAGAAUGCGGGUAACUACGUCAUUCUCUCUAACUUGUAUGCUUCUGCAGGAAGAUGGGAAGAAGUGAACACCUUAAGAGCAUUGAUGAUGCAGAAAGCUGUUACAAAAGAACCAGGAAGAAGCUGGAUCCAACACGAGCAAACCCUGAAUUACUUCCAUGCGAAUGAUCGUACACAUCCGAGAAGAGAAGAUGUGUUUGCUAAAUUGAAAGAGAUACUGAUAAAAAUGAAGCAGGCUGGUUAUGUUCCUGAUCUUAGCUGUGUGUUAUAUGAUGUGGAUGAAGAGCAGAAGGAGAAGACGCUACUUGGCCACAGUGAGAAACUAGCCUUGACUUUUGGGUUGAUUACUACUGGUGAUGGGAUCCCGGUUCGUGUUUUCAAGAACCUGCGUAUAUGCGUUGAUUGUCAUAACUUCGCCAAGAUCUUCUCGAAGGUUUUUGAAAGAGAAGUGUCUUUGAGAGAUAAAAACCGGUUCCAUCAAAUCACUGGAGGAAUAUGUUCCUGUGGAGAUUACUGGUGA